AAGAGCGUCUAAAUACUAUGACCGUUGUUGCGCGUAUUAAAGGCAAGUUAAAGUCUAUAUUUGCACACUGUGGUGAAGCAGCUCAGAGUAAUUGUUCAGGAAAAGAUGCUGACUUUAAAACUCUUGGUUCUGACUAUUGUAGCUUUUUUGCCUGAACAGGCAUUUGUCGUGGUCCACAACAGAGAAGGUGGAUUGACGGAAGCUGAAAAACAGCAGAUGCUAGACCGUCACAAUUUGAAGCGGAGUUCAGUCAGCCCAUCCGCUGCUUCGAUGACUAGAUUGAUAUGGGACGACAGACUAGCUGCAGGGGCGCAGACUUGGGCAGAGGGCUGUAAACUCGCCCACAGAAUAGGGAAUUACGGUGAGAAUUUGUAUGUCUCCACCAAUCCUCCUGAACCAACGGACGCCGUGGACGGCUGGGACGAGGAGAAAAAGUGGUACGAUUUGUCCUCGAACUCCUGCAACGACGGUGAAAUGUGUGGACAUUACACUCAAGUCGUGUGGGCCACUACCCGGCAAGUUGGCUGUGGUAUAAAUAUGUGCACUAAUGGGGCAAUAUUUGGCACAUGGUAUUAUAUCGUCUGCAGAUAUUGGCCCCAAGGAAACUGGAUGGGAACUAAACCAUACAUUGCAGGACCAAGCUGCUCCAAGUGCAAGACCGGAGCGUGCAAGAACAACCUCUGUGGUUAGGAUUGUGAGGUGCUCGGAAACAUGUAGCAGAGGUAAUCAAAUGUGGACACUGCAGAGUUGUUUUCUCUGUGUCCACAACUGCGGGACGUUUCAGAGGCUAUUCGGCAUAAGAGAUCUAUAUCAAUCUUAUAUUUAUAUCUAUAACGUGGUGACGGUGCUUGCAAGGCAUGGGAUAGGAUGUCGUAUAAGAUGUUGCCAGGUACUUCCGAAACUUUAUUAAAUCAUCGAACAUAAUCUUCAUUAAUU